AUGCAUGGUGGGAAAUGGGUGGACGGUGCGGUUUUGGAAGGAUGCAUGGGUAAAUGGUUUACCUGGGGGACAUUUUUUUCUCUACUGCCUUCAGUGGAGGCAGCUGGUAGUGUGGUGGCAGAUUGGAGGAACGUGGAUGACACUAGAUGGAAGCUCCAUGAGCUUGAAGAGCAUCUGACAAAUCUAGAGAUGGAGGGUGAGUUUACAGUACGGAGUGCAUACAAUUACGAGCUUCAACGGCGAAAUAGAGACAGUGGCCCUUCGGAUUCUAGUGCAAGUCAGUGGCUAUGGAAGAAGAUUUGGGAAGCUAAAGUACCCCCAAAGGUUAAAAACCUUGUGUGGAGAGCGCUGAGAAAUGGUUUACCUACCAUGAAUACACUUGCUAGUAGGGGGAUCAAUGUUGAUCGGGUCUGUCCUAGGUGUGGUGAGAGAGUGAGACUACCACACAUGAUAUUGUUGUGCAAGGAAGCUCAAGUAUUUUCGCGUUUGUCGCUUAUCCGCUUAGAGCUUAAUCGAUCAUGGGAGAUAGUGACGAUGUUCGUGUGGCAAACCUGGAAUGCACGUAAUUUGUGGGUUUUUGAGAAGAAAAGGGUGGAUCCAACUAUUCUUUGUAGUAAGACAGUCCACCUCCUAGGUGAAUUUGAUGCUGCGACGACAAGGGAUGACAACCUCUAUGUAGCUUCUGCUCAAUCUCCCUUAUAUUGGCAGCCACCCCUUGAAGGAAAGACCAAGCUCAAUACGGACGUUGCUGUAAAGGACGGUAAGCCGGGACUAGGAAUGAUAGUGAGGGAUGGAACAUUUGAGGUAGAGCUUAAUUGUCUUGGUCUUGUGGCCCUGCUGCAAGUUAUAGCUAUGGAAAAGUCAACCACGCAAGUUCUUGUAAAUGAUAUUCUUGCUACUGUUAGACCUUUUGAUGGAUGUAGUUUUACUUGUGUUAAACGAUCAUGUAAUAAAGCUGCCCAUUCCAUGGCUAAAGCUUCAUUCCUCUUAGAGGAAGAAUUAGUAUGGAAGCACUAG